AUAUGUUACAAUUCUCCAAAUUGAAGACAUGACAAGGUAUUUCAGUUCACAGUUGCUUUCUUUAAGGACAACAACAGACUAUUAAGGUUGUAUGUAACAAGACGGACCACAAAAGUCUAUCAGUCGCUUACAGCGAUAAUAUUAAUUACAACAACGACACCGACGCGCAAGACAACAUCGGCAGAUCGCCAUGUCGAUAUUAAUGGGAAUUGAGAGGAAGGAGAAGAAACGGAGUCUCAGCAUUGGCGCUCUCACCACUCUUGUGGAGACACGUCUUCAGGAUGGCCUCACAGAUGAUGAACAAGACUUUCACUCAGCUGCAGAAAUCGGUGACCUGGAAACGGUCAAACGUCUUGUGGAAUCAGGUAAAGUGUCCAGUAUCUGCACUGAUUCUAUGGGCCGUACCUGUUUGCAUGUUGCCACGAUUGCCAAUGACCCGGAAAUGGUUCGCUAUUUGCUCAGUCUCUAUCCACAAGACCUCAUACAUUCUGCAUUUCUCUGUGCAGUCGAAAACGACAGAGAGAAACUAUGUGACAUCUAUCUCACACAUCCAAUGUAUUCACUUGAAGAAGCAGAACAGAAACUUCCGGAGGAAACCAAAGAAUCAAGCAAAGACAAAUCAGAAACGGUACGAAGGAUACUCCGCGAAGCUCUGAUAAUUGCAGCUACACAAAACAAUUUCCUGAUCGUCAAGAAGCUGAUGCUGCGUGGCAUCUUGUUGGAUAUGCCACAUGAAUACUUCUGCAUGUGUAAAACAUGCAGUGUGGCCAGGUCAGAAGAUUUCAUGAGAUUUACAAAUGGUAGACUUGAUGCUUUUCGCGCCAUUGCUAGUCCGGCUUAUCUUGUUUUGACGGAGAAGGAUCCUAUUGUGGCUGCAUUUCACCUUAGUGAAAGAUUCCGGAAAAUGGCAGAGAUUGAAACAGAAUACAAGCAAGUGUACUACGAAUUGGAUUCCCAAGUACAAGGAUUUACUUUAGAUCUAUUAGCCGAGUGCCAAAGUUCGGAAGAGGUGCGCAUACUUCUUGGAGUUGAUCCCAGUGUGGAGAGACCCAAUACGUUGCCUUUGAUUAACAUGGGACUCGUCUACCAACAAAAGAAGUUCCUUGCUCAUCACAAGUGCCAGAGUCAAGUCGCUCAAUUAUGGUAUUCUGGAGUUCCAAUCCUUAGAUACCUCAAUAACUUUAAGUACUUAGUAAUGAGCAUUCCAAUCGGUAUGAUUCUAAUACCCGUCUUGUCUAUGGUCUACAUAAUCACUGGAUAUGAAAAGGUAAGUAUACAUUUCAGUCUUCCUAAUCGUCAAAUAUGUCUCAUAUGGGAGGAAUGUAAGCAGAUAUGGGAAGCAGGUCCUCUGAAUUAUUUCUCAUCUUUAUGGAAUAUAUUGGACUCGUUUAUGCUCAAUUUCUUACUCACAUCUUUCCUGGUUGAUGUGGUGGUGUCGUUUAGACUUCAAAAUGUCUUUCAGAAUCGUAGCAAAAUAAAACAUAUGUAUAGCAACACAUCAGUUAUUCUGCCUGCUUGCGACUGGGAUUUGAACUCGGGAGAUUAUUGCAGCCAAACACGUGACUACGAUAUCGUUGUCAGUUGGUCGCCAGUAUGGUCACCAGACCCAGAACUGGUAUCUGACGUUUGUUUCUCUCUUGGGAUCUUGCUUUCGGUUUGUCGAAUUGCAUUCUUGAUGCCUUGUAAUGAGACUUUUGGAACUAUGUUGGUAUCUUUUUACCGGACACUCAUGGACUUGUUCAAGCUUUGUGGUAUGUUCGCUCUUGUCCUGAUCGCCUUUACAUGCAGUAUUGCUGCCCUUUACAGCGCUCUUAAAUGCAACACAGAAUCAUUCAGCAGCGUCGCUAACACCAUCGUCUACUUAACGUGGGGCACAUUUGGAAUGAGUGAUUCAAAUGCUCCUGAUCUUGAUCUCAAUGGACAACCAAUGCAUUCACUGAUCAAUAACUUCGACGCUAAACGGAACGUCACGGUUGCUCUAGGUUAUAUGCUCUACGGCACAUUUAUAUUCGCCUCAACCAUUGUCCUCAUCAAUCUUCUUAUCGCUGUUAUGUCGAACACAUUCCAAGAGAUACAAGUAAGUUAUCUUAAAUUGCUAUCUUUUUACACCCUUAGUCAUUUACAACACCGUCUUCAGUCACUCUACGUUAGUUUUGUCAUUUCAACCCAUUUCAAAACCCAAAUAUUUCAUGAAAAGGGUCUCAGUCAUUUAAAUACUACAGACAUGGACAUGCAAGCGGAUACAUGUGUUCCUUGUUCUUAUUGGAUCGGUACAAUCGUUAUGCGCGCGCGAGCGCGUAUACGCGUACAAGAAUCGGAUGAAGAGAAUGGUUCAGAUGAACUCAAAGAGAAAGAAAGAACUAAUGUUAUUUCUAAAAUAAUUAGACGCUUUGUAUUGCAAUCAUCGAAAGAAAAACUUGAAGAUAACGAAGGUGGGUCUGAUGACGUUAUCAAGCGACUGAUUGACAACUUGGCAUCGAAACUAUACAAGAAGCUCGACACCAUUAAAGAAAAAGUUUCCGUCGUGGAACAGAGCGUAACAAACGUACAUUCGGAAGAGGACAAAAUUCUGAAGACACAGAGUCAACAGAUGACUUUGGUCAAUACACAAAUUACGCUAUCUGAACAGAUGCUGUCGAAAAUACAAGUUCUUGCCGACGAUACGAAAACAACCAUAGAAAAAUCCAUGAAAGAUUUGGAAGAAACUAUUUCUCAAGCAGAAGCUAAAUAUAUGCUUAUGGAAGAUGAGAAAGAAAAAAGGAGGCAAGAAGGUAUGGAAGAACCUAAAGAAAAAUCCGGUGAAGCUGCUCACUCUCGUCUCUGAUACUUCCAUAAUACUGAUAAAUUUGUUAUGCUCCAGCAUGAUUGCAAGUCACUGGCUGGAACCAGUAAAAUAUUAACUCAUGUAAAGCAUAAAUAUAUACACGUAUAUCAUAUAUUUUUAAAGAUGAACUCAUGUGUAAUUUUCGGACUAUUUGAUUACCUUGUGUGUCGUUAACACGAUUUUAGCCUGGUAUAGCCUGUUCUCUUUAUGUGAUAUUCCUACCAACAACUCAUUAAAGACGAAAAUGCCAAAAAAAAAAAAAAGAAAAAAA